GCAAUCCCCAUGUACUCCCGCGACGAUCAGCCAUCUUACCGCCACUCCGGCUUGUAUACACGCAGCAGGGCUAGACGUACAAGAACUGGGUGUUUAACCUGCCGCACGAGAAAGGUAAAAUGUGAUGAGGCGCCUGGCCGAUGUCGGAACUGCGAACGGAUCAACCUGGAGUGCAAGUGGCCUGAAGUGCAGCCAACCACUGCAAAAGCCCGCUCAAACAAUUCGUCUCGCCAGUCUCGCCAAGUGUCUUGUUGUGCGUGUCGCAUUGCCCGAUGUCGGUGCUCGCGAGAGCGUCCGGCGUGCUUUCACUGUCGCGACAGGGGCAUCGUGUGCGAUUAUGAAGCCACGGGGGAUGACCAGCAGCUGGCGCCGACAGUGGCUUUUGACGUAAUGCCCAGUUCGACGGAACAGUCGCCCAACGAGGUGUUUAUAGCCUCGCCAGAUCACAGAGAAGCGAGCGUGAUCGACCGCAAUGACUAUAUUCCUCGAGCCGUGCUCGAUGAGCAUAUCAAUGCCUUCUUCCACUAUGUCUACCCUGCCCAAGCCAACGCCUUUGUCCACCGGGGCACCCUGCUUCGCGAUGUCCAGGCUGGCCAGGUCAACCGCGUGCUCAUCCUGGCUCUCUGUGCCGUGGCCUCACGCUUUCUCCCCUCGAGCGACAGUUCGACUCUUCCUGUGCCCGAUCCGCCCGUGGCGCAGAACUGGGCGCGUGAAGCCAAAGCAAUGCUCCUGAUCGGCGAGGAGAUGACCACCAGCACCGUCGCCGCCGCGCUGCUGCUCGCCCGGUAUGAUAUCCACGCCGGGCGGUUUGAGACGGCAUGGAUCCUGUCUUCGAUAGCGUGUCGCACAGCGUUGGCCCUGGGAUUGCACCGACAAGAUGACAGCAACGAUCAAGGCUUGACCUGGGUGGAACAGGAGACGCGGCGGAGGCUCUUCUGGGCAUGCUACUGUCUGGACAGGAUGAUGUCGACGGGCGUGCCUGAAUUCGGCCUCAUCCGCACAGAACGCGUGCGCAUCCAGCUCCCCUGCGAGGAUCACUACUUUCUCUUCGGCGUUCCCUGCAUCACACCCGUGCCCGAUCUCGAGGGCGAGACAGAGCUGGGUGCCUCGGGCGAGGUUGGUUUGUUUGGUCAUUAUGUCCAGUUGACUGGUAUCCGCCAUAUGAUUCUAGAAUGCACUCGCCAUCCAACUGAUGAGACUCCUCCAUGGGAAGAGAACUCGGUCUUUGCCCGGUGUCUGCGCAAAAUCACUGCCUGGCGACGCACGCUUUUGCCUCAGUUCCAGCUCGUGGCAAAUACUGUCUACGCACGACUUGCGCAGAACCAGCUCACAGCCACCGUCAUGCUGCACGUCAUGUACCACCAAUGUAUGCUUGAUCUGCAUCGUCUGGCUCUCCCAGGGUUCCCCGAGAGUCUCCCGCUGGCGACACUCGCCCAGGCGCCCCCAGGCUGGGUCCAGCAUCAUCGUAGCGAGUGUGUGGACCAUGCACGCCGCAUAGGGGGGAUCUUUGAUACUUUGGCCGGGUAUAUCUCUACCGACGACCUGAUCCUGCUCGACACCAGCCUGCCCAUCUAUUUAUUUGAAGCGAUGCGUGUGCAGAUCCAGUGGCUAUUCAUGUUGCCCUCUGAGGCCCGCGCAGAGGCUGUACCGCAGCUACAGAGUGAAUGUGAGAAGUUGAUGCCGUUUGUAGAACGGGCUGCCAAAUAUUUUCGCCAGGGACAGUGGUUGCUGAGGGAAAUGCGCAAAAUGCUUUCACGGCAUGGAAUUCCAAUUAGAGGCCUCGAACCCAGCCAGAGCGAGACAUCCGGCAUCCAAACGCCUCACCACCCCUGGCGACGGCGAAUCCACAAUCUCAAGCACGAUCCCAGAGAGGACGAACAGCCACCGGCUGUCCAAAACAUUGGCCUUCAGUCGCCUCCCAGGCAGGAAAAUGAGAUGGAUGCGGGACAGCUGGAGAUCUCUACUCACCCAUUCAAUGCGAACCGUCUUUCAUUAUCACCAUUAAUCAAUGGGAGCGCGUUUGACAGAGAGAUUGCACUUGGCCAGGACCACCAGGGCGACAUCACACCGGACAUCGGGAGUUUCAUGACUCUUUUCGGUGGUUGGAUGGCAGAUGGGAUGGAGGCGGGUGUUGGGAAUCACAUUGAUUGAGUAUGUCACCUCUUUAUUCACAUUUAUCACUAACAUUCUCUAUUCUAAAGCUCUGUUCUAGAGCUCUACUCUACCACCCCCAGGCAGGCAACUUGUCUCCCCACACCUCCUCCUUGACCUUGGUCCACCCUUCAAGCGUCGAGAUCUCCUUCCACCACCGGGCAACGUGUGGAAGGCUUCCAUCGAUGAGAGCAGGGGCCGAAUCGGUCUGA